UGGAAGGCUAGCCUGCCAGCUCACUCUCCUCUGCAAGGGCCACAGUGAGGAGCCAGUGUCUGAGGACGUGUCUACAGGACUCAAGAAGACUAAGGUCAAAAUAAAAGGACAGCUUUAUUGCUCUCCAUAUCUCCACUCAACUCUGCUUCCUUUGUUCUCUCCAUGUAACUGUGCCUCGGUGUGUGUCUGGUUGUGGCUCUGAGUUUGCAGUUCUCUUCCUGAACCAUUGUGCUCUCACUUUCUCCCUCUUUCUCUCCCCAGUCUGUGUCAGCUGUUUGCCUUCUUCCUUGUGGCCUCUGCUCCCUCUCUCCUCACCUCCUGACUCUCUACCUCUCCCUCGGUUUGCUAUCUCUCCCCGGUCUCCUUCUUUUCCCACUCCCCACUCACUCCCUCUACCUCCCCAACCUUUCCGCUCAGCCCCUCUCUGAUCCCCACUCUCCCCCCAGGUUCCCUCCCUCUUUGUUUCCCCCUCUCCCCAGUCUCCCUCCCUCUGUUUCCCACUUUGCCUCUCAAUCUUUUUGCCUCACUUUCUGUCCUGCUGUCUACCUUGUUGUCCCUCACGUCCUCUCUGUGCCCUCUUUCUCUCUGUCUGUACCCUCUCUGUAUAUACCUUGUACUGAUUCUCUAAUCCAUCUCGAUCUCUAACUCUCUCACUUCAUUUCUGUGUUCACCAUUUCAUUAUAUUCGAGUCUCUCUCUCUCUCUCCCUUCCCUCUCUCUCUCUCUCUCUCUCCCAUUUCCCUACUCUCUCUCCGUCACUGCCUUUGCCCCAAUGUCUCUGCCACACUUUGCGUUGAGGCCUCCUGCAGCUCCUCUGUCCUCAGUGCUACUGCUGUUGCUCACGGUCCAGGUUCCAGGGCGGAGAGCCGGCUGUACGAUGCACAGCCUGAGUGAGGAUGCAAUUCUUGCCAAGGUGCAGAGGAAAAUCCUUCAGGGCCUGGGCUUAGCUGAAGCACCGCAGAGCUGCAACCAAACCGACCAGGAGGCACGCAACCCCUUCAGCAACCCCAGGCUAGAACGACGCUUCACCCAGUGGAUUAGCCAUCAAAAGCACAACAAGGAUGAUGACACCUCAGAGGUCAUUUUGUUCCCCGUUACCGGUGUCCCAUGUGAUGUGCAGCAUGAAGGGUUUGUGGGUGACCACAGCUACAUCUUCCAGCCGUCCGUGCACUCUCGCGAGCGCUUGGUGACUUCUGCAGAGUUCUGGUUUUACACCGGGGUGCGUCUUCCCUCCCCAGUGACCGGCACGCAGCCUCCAGCCGAACUCUACUUCCUCAUUGAGGACAGCUUUGUUAGGGUGGCACUGAGUGCGGCAGUAGAAGGCAAGUGGGCCACCUUCCACAUCUCCGAGCCCUUCCUCCCCUACGUCACACACAGGGUGCUCUUCCUGCAGGUCAAGUGCCCCUCCUGCCAGUGUGUGGUGGACCAGGCCAACCUACCCUUCAUCCUGUCUUCCACCAAGUCCUCGAGACCCGGCCGGACCAGACGGUCCACCAUCCCGUGGUCUCCAGCCUACGUCCAUCUCCUUCAAAGACCCCCGAGCCCGGAGCUGAUCCAUGACGAUUGCCACCGGUCUGCUCUCAACAUCUCCUUCGAGGAACUGGGAUGGGGCACCUGGAUUGUCCAGCCCAGAAGCUUCACUUUCUACUACUGCAAUGGAACCUGCUCCAAUUCCAACAGACUGACGUCCAGCCUUGGCCUCAAGGUGUGUUGCAGCUCUGUCCCCAGCUCAGUGAAGCCCCUCAGAGUGAGGACAACAUCCGACGGCGGCUUCACCUUCAAAUAUGAGACCAUCCCCAACAUCAUCACCAAGGAGUGUGCCUGCAUCUGAAGCUGGUCCCUGGAGCUGAAGGUCCAUCCCACGGAUACCACAGGGAGCAAAGAUCACAGGGGCAUUGAUAACUUCUGAAAUCCCUUCCUUAACUAUUUAUAAAGAUGUGGAAACUGGAGAGGAAAGAUAGUUUGAUGGACAUUUAAGAACCAUCUAAUCAGAUAACGAAGAUUCUGUUCCGUCUCCAAUGAGAAAGGGCUGUUUGAGCGAUUAGACGCAGGUGACCAAUGAGGGGGGAGCAUGUGGAUGAGUUGG